CCUUGCGCCUGCGAACGACUAGGGUGUUGAAAUUGUCAAUAUGACACCCAUGUCGGAGGAAGACCUAGAAUGGUUUAAGUCCACCUUCCAUCCCAUCCCGAAACCUGAGCUCCCCGACGAUUGUGUGGAGUAUUCGCUCUAUCAUAUCGCCUCCGACCCCACCCCCGCUAUCGUUGAUGAAGUCGCAGAAACGAGAGCGCGCUUGGUGGAAGUACAGCGUACUGCUGCGGAACUGACAAAGGACCUUCUCAAAGACUAUAUCUGGCAGAGAGAAGGGUUCCGCUUGGAAAUUACUAAGGAGGAUGGAAUCACAUUUCUACGCGGACGCACCAAUUUCGGCGACUCGAUUGAGGAUGAAUGGGUAGUCGUGUAUUUGUUGCGCGAGCUUUCGAAGAAGCAUAAGGAUAUCUGGGUCAAGGUCACGGAUGGUGAUGGGCAGUUUCUUCUCAUCGAAGCCGCAGGCGCACUGCCGUCAUGGCUGGAGCCCGAAGUAGCCGAUAACCGAGUGUGGAUACACCGUGGUGAACUUGUUAUCAUCAAACCGAAAAACCAAAAGGGCAAAGUGACGGAAAAGCUAUCUCUUUCAGAUUCGAGGAGGAUCAUCGUCGAGGAACCUGCGCGGCUUAUGCGCUCAGCAAUGAUUCAAGAAGAAGCAUUCUAUCGAUUGCGCAAUUACCCCCAGCAAAUCAGCGAAAACCUUCACUCCGCACUGAUCAGUAUCCCCCGCAAGGUCGCGUACUUAUUACACCAGAAGCCCGCAUAUAUCUCAUCAGCAGUGGAAGCUUUCUAUCUAAGGGACCCAAUUGCAUUACGACCUCUCCGGGCUAAGGAGCCUGACAGUUUCAUCUUUAAACCCGAGGAUUUCGUCACGGUCAGCGUCCGGUUCACUAGAGUCGGUUAUGCCCAGCUCAAGAGCCAGGAUUUCCCUGUCCCAAAAUCAUGGGCUGGAGCAUUACCUUCCAAGGAUGAACAAAAAACUUAUGACAGAGCAGAAUUGGGUAUGAAGCUUGCCUGCGGGUUUGAAAUGCUUCUCACCGACCCGCAAAAUCAAGAUAAAGCCGUCGUGAGGGAGAUAAAACUUGUCUUGGAAGAUAUCGAAAGCGGAGAUGAGAGCCUGCCUACCGAUGAGGAAAUAUCUACCUGGGACAAAACAGAGGAUGACGAAAAGUGGCUGGACAUCAGUUUUGAGGAUCUCGACAGGGAACUCAAGGGUAAAGGAAAAGAAAAGGACGACGGGAAACUCCCCAAGGGCAAUUUUGGCGAUGCCAACGCCCAAGAGAAUCUUCAGCGUAUCGUUGCACGCUUCGAAGAGUUUCUGAAUAAUGACUCGGCCGGUCUCGAUGGGGCCGAUUUUCUUGACGAUUAUGACUCUGAUUCCGACAAUGGUGAUGAUGAUGAUGACGACGAUGAAGUGAGCAGUGACGGAGAGGACAAGGAGGCAUCAUUUGAUGAAGAGGAAUUCUCCAAGAUGAUGAAAGAGAUGAUGGGAAUGCCAUCAGCAUCUGGUCCCAAGGGCUCAUCUCGCCCAUCGAUGCCACGUAAUCGAGUGGAAGAACUAGAUGCUGAGUCUGAAGAUGAUACUGAACAGAUACAAGAGCUAUCACGGCAGAUGGAAGCCGAGCUGAAAGGCACGGGUGUACUUGACCUGAAUCGUCCCGGUAGGGCAUCUGCAGGUAAGCAGGCAUUGUCUGAAGGAAAGUCAGGCGAGGGCCAUGACGAAGGGGAAGGGGAAAUGCCCGAUCUUGAGGAUGAAGAUAUCGACAUAAAUCUCGCGAAGAACCUGCUGGAGGCCCUUCAGAGUCAGGCGGGGGGUGCAGGACCCGCACGAAAUAUGCUGUCUAUGUUAAACUUGCCUGUACCGAAGGAUGAUCGCGGACGGUGAUGGCGACCAGCUCCGCUACGAAACCUGUCUCACAAAUAGCCUCAAUUUCACCCAGAGGAAGCGACAGUUGCUCCAGGCGACAGUGCGACUGAUCGGCAGCUCGAACUCUGUCAUAAAACAACUCUCCUGGUCUAAUACUUAUGAACGCCCAUGUUUCAAGGCCGCUUGGUUCCACGUUCUAGUGGAUCACCUCUCGGUCGCUUCGGGGAGGCUUAGACACGCAAGGCGUCAUUCACCAAUAUUUGACCUUGGUGCUUGCUGUUAGGGCUCUUGACUCCUAGGUGUAUGCAUUGGGCUCUUUGCGACCGCGACGAGGUUACAUAGGACCCUAGAGAGUGUCGUCUUACUGUAGGUAUAUACUAAUAUAUAUACAACUUAACAAGAUACAAAAGACAAUGAUACUUGGGUUACGAUCUCCCAAGCAGGACAUCUGCAUUCGGGUUAUUGCCAUCCAUUGAUUCCGGCAAAACAAAUAUAUAUAUUUCGCUUCGAGGGGUAGUUAUAUGAAUAGAAGGUUGACAACGUUCAAACUGAUGGUUUAAUGGAGUAUAUGUUCAACACAUAUGUUUCCACAGUGC